GAGCGGCUUCCCUUCAGCCAAACACAUGUUGCGGAACAGGAGCUGAGCAGCCAAGCAGAACGCUAUCCCUCCAAACAGGCCCAGCGACAAGACAGCACCAAAGAAAAUACAUUUAAAAAAAACCACCUUGGACCCGGACUUGGACACGGAUUUCGUUUUGGACUCCGAUCUCUCUCUUGUUUGACAUGAGCCAGCGACCAGCCAUGGACAGCCUGUUCUCCGACGACCCUUUCUUCAGCCAGGAGAGGCUCCUGUGGCCCCUGCACCAGGGGGCGCUCUCCUCCCUGCAGCAAGACUUCUUCAACAGGCGCACCAAGCUGGCCGGGGGCCUCAUGAAGGAGCUCCACGACGGGGCCCACAUGCUGGACCUGCAUCAGGGGGCCUUCCCGCACGCCCUGUUCGCCAGCCUGGGGGGCUCCGGAGACCCCCGCCUGGAGGCUCGCAGUGCCCCUGAGCCCGCCAGCGCCCAGGACAGCCGGCCUGGCCCCCUCGCCUCCAACGGCUCGUCCACCACCCCCACCCCCACCCCCACCACCACCACCACCUCCCCGGGGGCCGCGGGGGUGGCGAAGGACCUCCUGGUGACCCUGGACGUGCGCGGCUACGCCCCCGAGGACAUCCACGUGAAGCUGGAGGGCCGGCGGCUCGCCGUGGUGGCGGUGAAGCGGGCGGCGGCCGAGGCCUCCGACGAGUCCUCCUCCUCCGCCGGCGCCUCGCGCCAGCGGUCCUCCGCCUGCGCCCAGACGGGCUUCAGCCAGAGCAUCGAGCUGCCCGCCCACCUGGACCUGGCGGCGCUCAGCUGCACCCUGACGGAGGACGGGCGGCUGCGCGUCGACGCCCCCGUGGCCCGGCGGCCAAUCACGGCCGGCGGAGAGGCGGAGAGGAGGGGGCAGCUGCAGCAGCAGCAGCAGCAGGAGGUGAAGGCGGUGAAGGAGGUGAAGCAGGUGGAGGAGGUGGCGCAGAAGGUGGAGGAGCAGGGGGAGGAGCCUGUCAGGUUCAGGAGCGCGCUGGAGUUCCCCGUGACCAAGGACAAUUAGGACGGCUGCUCGGAUGGACUGAGGACAGACACGCACGCACACGCCAAGACGGACGCCCAUGCAUGCAUGCACACGGGCGCGCGCACACACACACACACACACACACACACACACACACACACACACACACCCACUCAUCACGAAAAUGAAUGCAUGUUACACCAAUGUGUGUGUGUGUGUCACACAUUUUCAAACACACACUCAUAUCGCUAACAAACAUAUGGGAUAAAACAAAAGCCUUAAAAAUACAAUGCUAAACUGACGCGUUGACCUCGUUUUACACACUAACCCCUUAGACUUACACAACCACAAACACAACACAUACAUAAACACGCAAAGGUCUACUUAGAUACACAGACUCUUAUUUAAUUAACUUUUUUAUGUAUUCGUUUUUUUUUAACAUGUUUUAAUAAUGUACAUUUCCAGAAAAAAAUGAAUGUAUUCAAAUAAACAUAUUUGUUGAUAACUCACAA